CUUGCACAAACAAUACUUACUUUAUAAAUAAACCAGACCACAAGUAAAAAGAGAAGAGCAAAUGUCACAAAUGGAACCCAAAGAAACAGAGACACCACCACAACCUAGAAAACAACCGAGGCAGCAUCCUUCUGUGCCGUUCGUUUGGGAAGAACGGCCUGGCUUACCAAAGAAGAACUGGCAACCUUCACUAGCCACUUUCGUGCCUUCUGCUCCUCCGCUUCCGCCACCUAUCCCUGUCCCGGUUAAGCUUGUCACCUCCGUUCCUUUCUGUUGGGAAAAGACCCCUGGAGAAGUGCUACUAAAGCUUCCACAACCACCGUCGGAAACCUCCAAGACUCCUCCAUUACCACCUCCGGUCCCAGUUCCAGUUAAGCUGGUUACGUCCGUUCCUUUCUGUUGGGAAGAGACUCCUGGAAAACCGGCUCCUUCUUCCGCAAAUGACCCACCUAAGCUUCCACAACCACCAUCGAAAACCGUCACGGCUCCUUCAUUACCACCGCCAGUUCCAGUUCCGGUUAAGCUGGUUACAUCGGUUCCAUUCCAUUGGGAAGAAACUCCUGGACAACCAUACCCUUGCUUUGUUGAUUUCAACCCACCUGACCCCUUGGACCAACCGCUGUACGGUUGUGAGGCUGAACCCAGCAGUGAUAUUUAUGAUGAUGCAAGCAGUGAUUGCUACAACCAGAAUAGGGGGACGAGUUCGAUGCCAACAUCGCCAGCCUAUGAUACUGAUGACAGUACGAGCAGUUACAUGACGGGAGCUUCCAGUCUCGUGGGAGCUUCGUUCUUGGAAGAGCUGUUUCCACGUCUUCCACAGGAGAAGGUCGAAGCUGCUGUUUCUCACCAUGUCCAGGUUACUACAGCUUCUAAUGACAUCAAGUUUGGCUUUCCUGUGAGGACGCAAUAUACACUCCGGGAGUUAAUAAUGAUGAGCCGAAGGAGGAGUUACAUGAGAGAGCACAAUCCUUCCAUGGUAGAAGGACGUGAGUGGAGAAGUCACCAACGAAGGCUGAAGCUCCUUUAGAAUAAAACACUUAACAAUUUGUAUCAAGAAACAGAACUUGUCGCAAAGUUCUCUUUUCAUAGAAGUAGAAACUUGUUUUGAUACAAACAGAGUAUGAGUUUGAAUGCCAAACUCUUUUCUUCUGCAAACAAUAAAGUUACAUCUUCUAAUUCAUUCCUAUCUUCCAAACAUCUAAAGAACUAACUUGCGAAAAGAAUGUGUAACAAU